AUGUCACCACUGAUGGCAGAAAGGAUGGACAGUAUGGACUGCAGAAAUGAGAGUGAUGGGUUAACUAUAGAACAGACAAAAAUUAGCAUUAUCCAAACAUAUGCUCCACAACAGGGCAGAAGUCUGAGGGAGAAAGAGCAGUUUUAUGAAACUGUACAGGAAAUGACAGAAACAAUAAGACAUCACGAGAAUGUCAUUGUCAUGGGAGACAUGAAUGGACAUGUCGGACAGAAUAGAGAUGGAGUAGAGCACGUCAUCGGAGAGUUUAGCAUUGGCGAAAGGAACCAGGAGGGAGAAAGAAUAAUAGAUUAUUGUGUGAUGAAUAACAUGUCCAUUAUGAAUACUUAUUAUAAACAUCAGGAGAGCCAUAAAUGGACAUGGUAUCGGUGGAAUGCAGCACAACAAGGAUAUACUGAGAGGUCAAUGAUUGACCUGUUUCUCACCAACAAGAAAAACAUAUUUAAAGAUGUUAGGACCAUACCAUCUGUGUCCUUAGACUCUGACCACAGGUUGGUGGUGGCUAAAUUGAAAAUUGUAAAACCAAAGGAAAAAGUCAAGAAAAAGCAAAAGAGAUUCAAACUGGAAAACCUCAAGGAGGAAGAGAAGAAGCAAGCACUGCGGCAACUG